AUGGCAUUCCCUGUGGAUAUGCUGGAUAAUUGCAGUCAUGAAGAAUUGGAAAAUUCUGCUGAAGAUUACAUGUCAGAUCUAAGGUGUGGCGACCCUGAAAACCCUGAACGUUUUUCUCUUCUCAAUAUCACGAUUCCUAUUAGCCUGUCCAAUGUAGGCUUUGUACCUCUUUAUGGUGGAGAUCAGACUGAGAAAAUUCUUGCUCUCUUCGCACCUGAGGACUCACUCACAGCUGUGGCACUUUACCUUGCUGAUCAGUGGUGGGCUAUUGAUGAUAUUGUGAAAACAUCUGUCCCUUCUAGAGAAGGGCUUAAGCAGGUGAGAACUCUUGGGGAGAGAGUGGUACUGUAUGUUCUGAAUCGAAUUAUUUAUAGAAAACAGGAAAUGGAGAGAAAUGAGAUACCAUUCCUGUGCCAUAGCAGUACUGAUUAUGCUAAGAUUCUGUGGAAGAAAGGAGAGGCCAUUGGGUUUUAUUCAGUUAAGCCUACAGGAAGUGUAUGUGCCUCAUUUCUUACCCAAAGCUACCAACUGCCAGUCCUUGAUACAAUGUUUGUAAGAAAGAAGUAUCGAGGCAAAGAUUUUGGGCUUCAAAUGCUGGAGGACUUUGUUGAUUCCUUUACAGAAGAUGCACUUGGCUUGCGGUAUCCACUCUCCUCUCUAAUGUACACAGCUUGCAAGCAGUACUUUGAAAAGUAUCCAGGAGAUCAUGAACUCCUCUGGGAAGUUGAAGGUGUUGGACACUGGUACCAGCGAAUACCAGUCACCAGAGCAUUACAGAGAGAAACGCUUAAAAUUACUGCAGUUUCUCAAAAUGAAGCCAAAAGACCCAUGUCUGGAGAAUAUGGUCUUGCAUCUGUUCCAGAAUAUGAAGCAGAAACUGAAGACAAUCAGUCUAGUGAGAUGCAGCUAACUAUUGACUCUCUAAAAGAUGCCUUUGCAAGUACUUCUGAAGGUCAUGAUAAAACACCGGUUUCCACUCGUACUCGAAGUAGUCAUCUAAAGCGGCCAAAGAUUGGAAAACGAUUUCAGGAUUCUGAAUUUAGUAGUUCGCAAGGGGAAGAUGAAAAGACUCCCCAGACUUCACCUACAGCUUCAGUAAACAAAUUGGAGUCUACUGUACGUACAUCAGAGAGCUCAGAAGAAUUCCUGGAAGAAGAACCCGAACAAAGUGUGAUUGAAUUUGAGGACGAAAGUAGUGAUAAGGAUGCUCGGCCUGCACCAGAAACCCAGGCACGUCUGGAAAAGCAAGAUGGUGAAAAGGAAUCUGAAUUAGAGCCUCUGAAUGGUGAGAUAAUGGAUGAUACUCUGAAGGCCUCACUUACAACUGAAGAGGAGGACUCCGCUAGUGAAGUUUUAGAUGAAGAAACAAAAUUGCAGUCUUUUAAUUCCAGUGAAGACUCUGCAACUCUUGUUCCAGUGGUGGCAGAAUCUUCAAAACCUCCUGAGACUGUUGCACAGGAUAAGACCUCACAUAUAACUGACUCAGAAAUGUUGCUAGACGAAGGCCCAUCUGAUGAAAAAGGGCACACUGAAGAGAAACUACCACUAGUUUCCAGAAAGAAAGCCCAUUUUGGGAGUUCAGACAAUGUUGGUACUGUCCCAAAUGAAGAACGAUCUGACAGUGGUUUUCCAAACUCUGUGAUAGCUGAAUUUUCUGAGGAGUCCAUCUCUGAAAAUUUAUCGCCCAACACUACUUCUUCAUUGGAAGACCAAGGUGAGGAGGGGGUACCUGAGCCCCAAGAAACAUCUACAGCUCUUCCCCAGAGUUCUUUGAUAGAGGUUGAACUUGAAGAUGUGCCAUUUGCACAGAACGCGGGACAGAAGAACCAGUCAGAGGAACAGUCUGAAGCAUCUUCGGAGCAACUGGAUCAGUUUACGCAGUCAGCAGAGAAAACUGUGGAUAGCAGCUCAGAGGAGAUAGAAGUGGAGGUGCCUGUGGUCGACAGGCGGAAUUUAAGAAGGAAGGCCAAAGGGCAUAAAGGACCUGCUAAGAAGAAAGCGAAGCUGACAUGA